CUUCCCAACAUGGCGGCGCGCGGAACAGUGACGACUUCCGCUUACGAAACUAGUAAAGAUAAGUUUGUUUUUCGGCUUCUCUCCAUGUUCCGGUGAAAUGUCAUAUCUUCAGCGCCUGACUCGAAGACGCCAUGGAGACGGAAAAGCUAGCGAAGCUGGAGUUUGCGGUGCAGAUGACGUGUGAAGGUUGUGGAGAUCAAGUCAAAGCUGCUCUUGAGCAAAAAGCAGGCGUGCACUCGGUGAGCGUGGAUGUCGGCGAAGGACGGGUCCUGGUGGAAACGAGUCUGAGCAGCGGCGAGGUGCAGGGCCUGAUCGAGAGCACCCACCGUCUUGCCGUGCUGAAAGGCAUGGGGAGCUCAGAGACACAAGAUCUGGGCGCAGCUGUAGCGAUGCUGUCCGGAAAGGACCGGCAGGUGCAAGGCGUUGUGCGCUUCCUGCAAAUGUCCCCCGAUCGUUGCUUGAUCGACGGGACUGUCGACGGCUUGGAACCCGGAGCGCACGGCCUCCACGUGCACGCGUUGGGUGACCUCACGGAGGACUGCCUCAGCUGUGGUGAGCACUUCAACCCUUUUGGAAGACAUCAUGGUGGUCCACAAGAUGCUGAGCGGCAUGUUGGCGAUCUGGGAAAUAUUCUAGCUGGGCCAGAUGGCAGAGCAUCAUUCAGACUGGAGGACACUCAGCUCAAAGUCUGGGACGUGAUCGGACGGUCUCUGGUGGUGGACGCAGAGCCGGACGACCUGGGCCAAGGUGGCCAUCCGCUCUCCAGACUGACAGGAAACUCGGGCGCCCGGCUAGCGUGCGGGAUCAUUGCCAGGUCGGCGGGCCUUUUCCAGAACCCCAAGCGAGUGUGCGCUUGUGACGGGCUCACGCUUUGGGAGGAGCGGGAACGGCCCAUCGCCGGCAAGGGAAGGAGCAACCUCUGACUGAAGCGAUAGAAAAUGUUGUGAAUGUAAAAUAUAUAUUUUUGCAAAUAAUUUCAUUUCAAUCCUCUGAAUCUUUUAUCACUGUCUGUAUACCUUGUCAUUUCCUGCUGCAUUUCUAAUAUAUAUCACGAAAUAAACAAACAUGGAAGAUGACUUUUAACUUUAUUUGUGAUGUAGAAGGAGUGUUCAUGGUUUGCAACAUCAUCUGAUAUCUGCUGACUACGUGUUGUGGUAAUUAGUAAAAAAUGGCAAUCUAUAUUACAUCUAUACAUAUAUAUUAUAUUAUUGGUAAAUCUGUCACUGACCAUGAUAAA